GGGAAACUCUAUGGUCUCAGAGUCCGGUCUGGACGGAAAUACCAAGUGGUAACCGGAAGCGGAAUCGCGGAGCUCCUGUUCUCCCGGCGCCCGCGUCUUCCCGGUGAUGUUGUCUCUGGACUUCUUGGACGAUGUUCGGCGGAUGAACAAGCGGCAGCUGUAUUACCAGGUGCUGAACUUUGGGAUGAUCGUCUCCUCGGCGCUGAUGAUCUGGAAGGGGCUAAUGGUGGCAACAGGCAGCGAGAGCCCCAUCGUGGUCGUGCUUAGUGGCAGUAUGGAACCUGCAUUUCACAGAGGAGAUCUCCUGUUCUUAACGAAUCGCAUUGAAGAGCCAAUUAGAGUGGGCGAAAUUGUGGUCUUUAGGAUAGAAGGAAGGGAAAUUCCUAUCGUGCAUCGAGUUUUGAAGAUUCAUGAAAAAGAGAACGGAGACAUCAAGUUCUUGACGAAGGGAGACAACAAUGCCGUGGACGACAGAGGCUUGUACAAGCAAGGGCAGCACUGGCUGGAGAAGAAGGACGUGGUGGGAAGAGCCAGAGGAUUUGUGCCAUACAUUGGAAUAGUGACCAUUUUAAUGAACGAUUAUCCCAAAUUCAAGUACACCGUCCUCUUUCUACUGGGCUUGUUUGUGCUGGUCCAUCGAGAGUAAGUCGCCGGGAAGAAGGCCAGGCAGAGGACCCAGAGUGCUUUGAGUAGACAGUGGGGUGCGAUGGGCGUCCAUGUCACUGCUUCUUAACAGUUUGGCUUUUUUGUUUUCUUUUCUACGGCUGUGUAACAGGAAGGUUGAUCCCAGUAUUUUGAACAGUUUGUCAUAUUUUAGCAUUUUUGUACGUCGGUGAAUUUUUAUAUUAAAACUUUUGAGUCAAA